GAUACAAAUGUAACUUUAUCUGACGAUACAAGUGAUGCUGUCCAUACUGACACUAGUGACACAAAUACACAAUGUUCACAUGAACAUUCAGUUUCAGCUAAAAGAAGCUUCCAACCUUCAAUCCAGCAUAGUUUUCAGUAUGUUUCAUCAAUGGGAGGUACAUUAGGCGUCUAUGAACUUGAUGAUACUCAUACAUCAGAAAAUAUUAGUGAGAAAUUUGAAGAGAUAUUAUUAAAAUGGGAAAUCACRAAGGACCAGAUUAUUGCAAUAGUGACUGACAAUGGGGCUAAUAUCAAAAAAGCAGCAUGUAACACAUUUAGCAGACCGAAGUUCAUUCCAUGUUUUGCGCAUACUAUCAACCUGAUCGCUAACAAUGUUAUUGAAAAUUGCCCAAAUUUAAKCAAACUUAUUGAGAAGACAAGAGAUAUUGUGAAGUUUGUUAAAAACAGCGUUAAUGUGAGUGACCAAUUAAGAAAACGUCAACAAAAUGAUGGUAUACCAGAAGGUAAAAUUUUAAAAAUGGUAUUAGAUGUAAAGACGCGGUGGAAUAGCCUUUAUUAUAUGUUGGAAAGAUUUUUAAUUCUUUACAAAAUUGUGUCAUCAAUUUUAUUAGAAAAUCACAAUUCACCUGAUUUAAUAACCCAUAGUGAGCUAAACAUUUUAAAAGAAAUUAGAGAUCUUAUGCAUCCAGCAACAAGUAAUUUUCAAACCACAUCAUCUAUUGGUGUUGAUCUCCAGAAGCUAAUUAUUUAUGAAUUGGACAAACGCUUCAAAGACUUGGAAAUAUUUAAUGAUUUUCCAUUAGCAACCUUAUUGGAUCCAAGAUUUAAAAAUCUUCAUUUUAAAGAUCCGAUAAAUUGCCAAAGAGCAAUUGACAAAAUUAAAUCGAUGCUUAUUUCUAAAGAAAGUUUAACAAACCCAACGACUGAAACAAUUAGUGACUUAGAGCAGCCUUCAACAUCAUCGG